ACCAAUUUCUGGGCAAAUAGAUCGGAAAAUUGCAAACUGCAUUUCUGUGCAUCUGUGGAAUCGCUGAAAGCAGAUCAAACAGAUCGCCUGACUUAAACCUAAAAAUUCCCAGAGCUCAUCAUCUAUCUCUCUCCCUCUCCCCCUCUCUCCCUCCUCAUUCUCUCUCUCCUACAGAGACCCAGCCGGUCCGGCUGUCCUCCCUGCUGCCAUGGCCGCGGAGGCUGCCGGUAGGAAUGAUGCCACGCGUGGACCUGCAAACAGCACAGAGAUGGAGGUGCGGGUGCUCUUCAUCCCUUCCACAUCUCCUUUUUUCUCUACAUCGUGUCCAAUGCUGAAGGAGGCAAAAAUGAAGGCUGAUCUGGAGGCGCCUCUGCCGGCUGGACAGGAAGACUUUGCGAUCCGGUGUCGAGAUGUGUGCCGAUCGUACGGCAAACUGAAGGUCCUCAACAACCUGAACCUGGCUGUGCCACAGGGACAAAUUUAUGGCCUUUUGGGGCCCAGUGGAUGUGGGAAGACCACACUUCUCAAAUGCAUUGUGGGAACUCUGAAAAUCUCACGAGGUCACAUCACUGUGCUGGGGAAACCGCCUGCGUUUCCUGGCCACGAUAUUCCGGGGAAGAAAGUUGGAUACAUGCCACAGGAAUUGGCGUUGUACAAUGAGUUCACCAUUAGCGACACCCUGACCUUCUUUGGCCGAGUUCAUGGCCUGACAUCUAAGGAAACCCAGGCACGCAUGAACUUUCUCAUUGACUUCCUGGAUCUACCUCAGAAGACCAGUCUGGUCCGAAAUCUUAGUGGGGGUCAGCGGCGAAGGGUGUCUCUUGGGGCGGCUCUGCUGCAGAAUCCAGAGCUGCUCAUCCUGGAUGAACCAACAGUGGGAGUAGACCCUGUGCUCAGAUCCAAGAUCUGGCAUCACCUGGUAGAGAUUGUGAAGACGGGAAAAGUCUCUGUUAUUAUCACCACACACUACAUUGAAGAGGCCAGGCAAGCCAAUGUGGUAUUCUGUCAUGUAUUGGCUGGUGUUCUUGGGAUCACUUUCCCAUUGUAUGAGCGAAUUUUAGCUAGCAGACAAACGGCCUCAUGUUCGACUCUAGAAUACUUACGCAGAGGAGUUCAUGGUAUACUCAGUGACUGCAGGGUUCACAGGUCUUUUGGCUACAAAACAAGUCUAAAUCAUUGCCCCUCCACCACUGCAUUGACAGUCGGUCUCAUGCGGCACGGCCGGUUGCUGGCUGAAGGUCCCCCAGAUGCUGUCAUGAAGCAGCACUGUGCAACAACCCUGGAGCAUGCCUUCCUGCAGCUGUGUGAGACGUCAGACCAGGACGGCUCUAAACGCGAUUCUCCAGAUGGAACGUUAGACAAAAGCCAGUCAUUUGAGAGUGGGAAGGAUGAGAGUCAGCCAAUUCUUGGAGUCGGAUCUCCACCUGCAGAGGAAAGCCUCAAAUGUUCAGUGGACUGGAAGGUGCGAGCCAGACAUGUGCUGCCAAAGUGGAGGAACAUCGCAGCCCUGAUGAUCAAAACAUUGGUGCGGAUGAAGAGAAUGCCAGGCUCUUUGUGUUUCCAGUUCCUGCUGCCCGUCAUCCAGGUCUCCCUCAUCUGUCUGUGUGUCGGAGGAGAUCCAAAGGGCAUCCAGGUUGCUAUAGUGAACAAUGAGACCUCCCCCUCUGCUUUCAGCCAAUCAUUCCUCUCCUUCCUGGACAACUCGAGUGUGCAGCAGGUGAACUUGUCCCACAAAGAAGCUUUUGAGGGAAUCUAUAAUGGAGAGUACUGGAGUGUAAUCGGCUUUGGCAAGAACUUCACCAGCUACCUGACUAAACGGAUGCUCCAGCGGCAGGUCUCUCAGGAGAUAAUCGAUGGAGGAUCAAUACACGUCUGGCUGGACCAGACAAAUCGGCAAAUUGCCCUCAUGGUGCAGAAGAAACUACAUCAGGCCUUUCAGGCCUUUGUGGAUUAUAAGUUGGGUGGUAUGGCAUAUAUGGUUGCCUUACCAAUAAAGUUUGAGGAGCCAAUCUACGGCAGCCAAAACACAGACUUUACUACAUUUGUGACCCCUGGAGCUGUGCUCAGUAUCACCUUCUACCUGGCCGUGGGUCUGACAGCACUCUCCUUUGUCCUCGAGAGGAAAGAGGGGCUUUUGGACAGAUGCUGGGUUGCAGGUGUGAGCUCUCUGGAGACGAUGCUGGCUCACCUCUUCUCUCAGCUGUUUGUCAUCAGCGUUCAGAUCAUCCUGCUGCUUCUUAUGAUACUGCUCGUGUUCAAGAACCCUAACGAAGGCUCCUUGGUGCUCGUCAUAAUUCUGAUCGUGCUGCAGGGUGUCACAGGCAUCUCUUUCGGCCUCGUCAUCUCAUCUGCAAUUGACGACGAGCAGAGCGCCAACCAGGCCGCUCUGGGUGUCUUCUACCCCAACCUCAUCCUUAGUGGUAUCAUCUGGCCCGUGGAAUGUAUCCCGUAUCCUCUCCGCUACCUUAGCCUGGUCCUUCCUCAGACCUACGCCUCAGAAGCCCUUCGCUGUAUCAUGUACAGAGGCUGGGGUCUGUCUCGGAUGAUGGUGUGGCGAGGCUUCGCUGUUACCCUGGGCUGGAACACUUUCUUCCUCAUCCUGGCGACAGUCAUCCUGAAGCUGCGGACGUGACAGCCUCACCCCACAUAGCCUCCCUAAGAAUGGGGGGGGUGGAGCUGUCAGGCGAAGCUCUGAAGUCAACGACUCACCAGGGCCUCCUGCAUGUGGAUGGACUGGGGCAACAGCAAGAGGGAAAAGAGAGGGGAGGGGUUCACUGUGGUUUAAUAAUCUGAUGGGUUGAAUGCAUCAGUCUCUCUCCUCCAAAUUAUGACUCUCACACACACACUUACAAACAUAGACUCUUGGGGUCCCCUAUCCAGCUGCCUGAUCCUGCAGCAGUUGCCUUUGGCCUGUUUAAACGCAAGUGUAAAUUUAGGAUGCUGCACACAGAAAUACACAAGGUAGAAAAUGGACAUGCACAAUAUGUUAUCUAAGUAUCGUGUGUGGUCCUUUAGUUUGUUUCAAUUCUAUCCGUAGUUUCUUUAACUCGACACCAUCUGAACGGCCAUGCACCAGCUCAGGGUCACGUUUUAUUAUUUUUGUUUGGCCUUAGUCUUUAAUGCUACUAAAGAUUUUUAUGUAAUACACUUUAUAUUACAUCAAGUGGAGCAGCCCAUUUCUUUUGGGGGGGGGGAGUGAAUGUAACUGUUUUUUGUCCUUGCAGUAUGUACUGUCUAUCCUGUGUAUAUUUGCAUUAUACAGACAAAUCUGUUCAAGUUUAUAUAAAAAAGAAGAAUCUUAGCACAACAGAAGCUUUUUGUCCACAAGAAAAUGUGAAAAUGUUUUCCAAGCAGAGAACCUGAGUGGAGGAUUCUUGCAUAAUGUCGUGGGACUAGUUUUAAAGUGCUGAUUGCAUCAUGUUGCUCAGAAGGUUCUCACCCAUUCAGACUUCCCACAGAAACACCAUCUUCUCUAUCUGCUCGCUUUGGAUGUUUGUGUUCAGCUUUUUGUCCUGUCUGGUUAUGACUUGACAGGAAGUGGUUUCAUCUCACCGUGUUACCAGGUGCUGCAAAAUCGUCACGUAGAGGUGCAUUAUCACUGCUGACUGUUCAGUCUGAAGGUUUUCUCAUUUUUUUGUGCCUGCGUCUCUUUUAGGAGGAGAUUGGUGAUGGGGAAAGUAUUGGUACUGUAUCUGUUUUUUAAUUAUUAUUUCUCUCUACUUUGCUGGACAGAGUGGAGGUUCUUUCCAGAUUUCCUUUCGCUGGUAUAUAGCUGUACUAAUCCAUAAAACUCUAUUUUUUACACAGACAUUUAAUUUGCUCAGACUUUUUAUUAAUCUUUCUUUAAGAAUAAUACAGAUUAAAAGCACACAGGAGUAAUGCUGCUUUGAAUUAAACAUGUUAUGGAAAGUAGGGAGAAAAAAAAGGGAAGAAAAAUCAAAUGAAAAUGCAGAAAUAAGGUGUUUAUAGUUAGAAAGCUUGGUUUUCCUUCCUUUUUUAUGUAGAAGUAAACUGCAAUGAAGAAAUUUUUAUCUUGAAAGGACUUUUGGGGGUGCUUUGACAUCCUACAACAGAUACCACUCUUUGUUUUGGAGGGUAUGUUUCCAAUUAGAGGUUACAAUAAACAAUGAGGAAAACAAUUUUAAAACAAGACAUGCCUGUAUCUCACAGGUUGUUUAUUUUUCUGUCUUAAAUCUACAUCAUAGGUGCAUCAUAACCAGAAACCAUGCACAAUAACCUGAUGUGCACCUCCCCAGCAAUGUAAUUAUAUGUCACACUGAUGCAAGCACAGGUGUAAAUGCUGACAGCCACGUCAGCCACUUGUGUACGCUACGUCAUAUUGGCUGCAUAGAUUCACUGCAGAAGAAUAACUUAAGUGUAAACCAGUGAGCUGUCUGCCUUUACCCAUAACAUCAUGUCUUCAAAGGAAUAGUUUGACUUUCUGGUGGCCUAAUAAUAGGGCAAAACUAAACAGUUGGCUUAGCUUAGCGCUAAUACAGGAAAGGGUGAAACAACCUGCCCAAUUUUAAAAAAAUAAAAAAAUAUUUAAAGGUUAAUACAUGUUUUGGUUCAUCAAAAAAUAACUAAAUAACUGAACUAAAAUAAAAAUAAGGACAUUUUUAACCACAAGUAUAUUUUUACUGUUCAAGAAGUUUUUAAGAAGUGACAUUGGUAUAAAUCCUUUCAUCUAUUUUCCCAAAAUAUCAAAGUGUUUCUUUAAAUGUAAAAAACCUUUGAGACACCCACAGUGCUGCAAAAGCACCAAACCAGCAUUACAUGCCGUGCCAGUCUAAGAUUUAGAAAUGUUUACAUUCAUUAAUGUUUAAUAAAUCAGAUUUUACUUUUUACCCAGUUUUUGUUUCCAUCCUGUUGAUCUAAAAACACAUACUGAUGCAUAAUGUUUUUUUUUACCCAUGAUGCAACAGUGCUGGUAAUGGCAGUUAUAUUAUUAAUAUGUCCAUUAACAAGAUAAAUAAUGAAUCUAAACGACUGUAAAUUCCUCUGCUUGCUUUUUGUUGGCUUAUAUUAUGACUUAAUGAUGGAGAUGUGCAUACACCAUGCUGUGUACUGAGAUUUUCUUGCACUGUAAAUCUGCUCUUGCUGCUCUGCUGUACAUUCAUCAGUGUUCCUGUCGCACAUUUUAAGGGACAUUGUGUUCUUGAUUGGUAGAAAUAGGGGAGCGUUGACUUAUUCAUCUUAUUUAAACAGCUUUCUAUUAUGUUCAGAGGAUUUCUAAAUGGACUUUACUGUAUUUUGCCCCACUGUGAGGAUAUACUGUAGCUCUGUUCAUAUUCUUACCUCUGUGCCUCAGUUGACUUUCAUCACACAAUAAUGUGUCUUUAUGUACAAUCAUGUUAAAGUGGUGGUAAAAUUGGUACAGCUCAUGUAAAACUGUUGCUGAUUCUGUGAAAAUGCUUUUGUUUGGUUUGGUUUGUUCUUGGAAAGCUGAUAUAUUGUUGCCAAAAACUCAGUUUGAUCUGUGUAAAAUUUCUGAUUUUUGUUCAAAAGUGCUUUGUAUCGAUUACUGAUCUUAUGUUCACUACUUACAUUUACUUUCCCACACUCCAGUACCUACAAGACCAGCUAAAUAAUAUGUAAAAGCAAACAUCUGAGCAAAAGUCUGCAUGUCUUUGCAUCUUAUGAUUUACAUGAACUGCAAUGAUCCAACUAAAGAUUCUGAUUUAAAUGAGCUAUGGGGAUUCUCCUGUAUUGGUUCUAUAAUACUAACGACAUCUCAAGAACAAGCAUAUCAAAUUAACCCUUUCACGCAUAGCGGUCACUACAGUGGACAGCUAUUCAAAGGCUGUUUUCCUGUAUUUGUGUCAUGUUGAUGGUAUACUUGCAAAUAAAUCUCUACAUUGGACACUGAUGUGUCACUCCAUACCCUGCCACCCACUGGUCGUUUAAUGUUACUAUAGAUGAAUGACGUGUUUCAUUGUAAUUAUUGUUAUUCAACCCUGUCAUGCAUGAAUUAUGACAACCUAAAAAUACUAAAGGAAAAAAUCCUGAUUGAGGUUGUCAUAAUUCAUGCAUGAAAGGGUUAAAUAUUUUAGACAAGAAGGAUGCAGCACAACGUUCACUGACCUUUAGUUCUGCACCACCAAGAGAUCUGCAUUUUUCAUUGCUUUGUUAUUAAUUUCAGCAUUUAGCUGAACUACUGCUACGCCUUACUGCAGCCUGUGCAGCUUUGUGGUGUACCCUGCGGAGAGUAACGGCUGCUUGUGUCCUUGAAAUGUCCGAUUUCCCUAUUCUGAAAAUGUGUUUUCUCAGUUAAUCUCGAUGAGCCAGUUUAUCUGUCUUUUUUCUUUCAUUUUGAGGGAACGACAAGAAGUGGUUGCGUAAAUCGACGUGUUGCAAUUUAGUUUUUUGCAGUCAAAUCACUACAUUUGUUGUGUUGUUUGUCUGUGUUGCCAAGCCACCAUCAGCCAGAUCUGACCAAACACCCGUAAUGCCCUUAGAAAGCAGAUUAGCUGAACUAUGAGUGUCAAACACCCAAGCAAAUGUAAUCGCUGAUGAUCUUAUCAAAAAUAUUUUAUGUUGUUAAGAAAUUUUAAACCAUUUUUUCCAGAAACUUUACAGUGAAUACAAGUCUGAAAGUUUUCUUCAGUUCACCUCGAUAGUAUGAUUAGAAGCAGCCAAGUCUUAUUCAGAGUUUAGUCUUUUUGUAGUUGGAGUAUUGCAGUUCAUAUAAACAAUGUUAUGAAGGUUUGUGCUGCCAGGUUGAAUCACAUCCUCUCUGCUCCAAACUCUACCUCCGCUGUCUCUCCCUAAAGGGCAUGUAAAGCAUUUAUACUCCUGUGUUGUGACAUUUAUGCACUGUGAUAGUGGACAAGCGUGUCUGCAUUCAUGUAUUCUCAUACAAUAAACUCGUCUGAAAAAUC